AUGACAUGGCGCACAGCUGCCAUUGUGAUGAUGGCGGCGCUUCAGCCGGCAAGCAGCGGAUCAUCUGCAGUGAUCCAAGUAGAUGGCAGCGUGGGUGAUGUAAGUGCCAGAGCAGGAAAGCACCUGGUUCGAUCCGGGAAGCAUCUGCCGCAAGCAGAGCUGAUAGAGGAAGUAGCGGCAAGCAACACCUCGCAGGAUGAAACUUCGAGCUUCAAGCUGGCCCUCUAUGUGAAGCAGAUGCAAGGACCGCUGAAAUAUGCCUGGGCGGGUUGGGACUCCUGCGAAGAGUACGACUCCGGUGGGGACCAGAAGACAAAGUUUUACUGCGCCAAAGCCAAAAGUGUGAAGAUUACCUUCGUGGGCGCCUCCAGAGGAGUUUUCAAGCUCAAGCCGAAUGGAGAGAAGUCUCUACAGGAUCUCUUUACCGGAGCUCAUCAAGUCCUGGGAGAUGUGAAUCACUGGCGCAGUGCCCCAAACACAAAACGAGUUUUCACUGUCGUGCAUCGGGUGAAUCGGGUGAAUCGUUGGAUUUUCAUCUGGCUGUAG